AUGGCAGUGGAAGAGAUGGAAGAAAAUAAUCUCGUUGAGCAACAACAUUUUGUUGAUACUUCACGUCCCUUUAGCUCGGUAAAAGAAGCAGUUGCCAUAUUCGGCCAACGGAUUAUACUACCAGGACAAACUCAUACUGUAAACCAUAAACCGGUAAGCCCUAUUGCUGCUAUUCCUAGAAUCAGCCACACCGCCUCUUUGCCAUCUUCUCCAUGGAAGCAACGCACCUCAUUGCCUUCUUCUCCUCAAGGUCCAAAAGAAGAGUACAUGGAUGUUUUGAAGAAGCUUGAAGCCGAGAUAACGGAAACAAAGACAGAGGUGAAGAUGUUGAAGGAGAGAGAGUCAGAGACAGAGGUGGCUUUGGCUAAUUUAAACGCCGAUCUACAUAAGAACAUGUCAAAGAUGGCUAAAGCCGAGGCCGAUGCCGCAGGGAAGAGCGCAGCAGCCAUGGCCAAAUCGGUGAGCUUCAAGGAAACAAAAGAAAAGGGAAAUGGAGAGGAAGAGAGGAGGAAAGAGCUGAUGAGGAGGAUGCAGAAGGAGUAUCCUUCAUUGGCUCAGAUACUUGAGAGUAACAAAGGAGAUGGAAACCGGUAUUCUGCGAAGUCUAAGACGAAGAAGAAGAAACCUAUCGUGCCUCUUGUGGGAGAUUUCUUCUUCUUUUUCAAGAAGAAAGGGUCUUCGACUGAAAUUUCUGGACCUCUUUACACUACCUCUUCCACCUUGCAUUUUUAG